AUGGGGCUCCGCACCGCCUCCGGCGUCUACCUGGGCCGUCGCGCCGCCGCCCUGCUGGCCGCGCUGCUCGUGGCGCUGCUGGCCGCGCUGCUGGCGCUCGCCGCCCUCUACGGCCGCUGCCGGCAGGAGGCGCCGCCGCCUCGGCGCUCGCCCGCCGCGGGGGCGUCGCCGCCGCUGCCGCCCGGAGGCAGCGGCUCGCCGGCGGCCGAGCGGCGCCUGCCGCCGCACCUGGUGCCGCUGCACUACGAGCUGGAGCUGUGGCCGCGCGUGCGGCCGGGGCAGGCGGCGCCCUUCGCCUUCAGCGGGCAGGUGAACAUCACGGUGCGCUGCCGCCAGGACACGGGCGCCGUGGUGCUGCACAGCGCCGGGCUGCGGAGCCGCGGCGCCGCCGUGCGCGGGCCGCUCGACGAGCCCGGCGCCGCCGUGGAGGUGGCGGCGCUGCGGCAGGAGGAGGCCGAGGAGCAGGUGGUGCUGGAGCUGCGCGGGCGGCUGCGCGCCGGGCGGCGCUACGUGCUGCAGCUCGCCUUCCAGGGCAGCCUGGCGGAGAACCUCAGCGGGCUCUUCCUCAUCCGCUACACGGACCGGGGCCGUAGCAGUAUGCUGAUUGCAUCCCACCUGGAACCAGCAUAUGCCAGGAUGGUUUAUCCAUGCUUUGAUGAACCGGCUAUGAAGGCCACGUUUAGUAUCAGAAUUGUCCAUGACCCAAGCUAUGUGGCUCUUUCCAACAUGCCUGCUAUUGAUGUUUCUGAAAUUAAGGAUGAAAAUGGAAGCCUGUGGACCGUUACUACAUUUAAUACUUCGCUGCAAAUGUCAACUUACAUAACUGCUUUUGUGAUUUGUGAUUUUGAUUAUGUCACCAGAACUGAGCGGGGAAACGAGAUACGUAUUUGGGCUCGGAAAGAGGCAGUUCAAAAUGGGUAUGUCGACUAUGCUUUAAAUAUCACAGGCCCAAUAUUUUCAUUCCUGGAAGACUUGCUUAAUAUCAGCUACCCUUUGGCAAAGACAGAUCUGAUUGCACUACCUGCUUGGGAAGGAGGUGCUAUGGAAAACUGGGGGCUAAUGACUUUCCAAGAAUCAUUAUUGAUGUACCUCCCAAGAGAUAAAUUCACAGACAGAAAGGCUAUGAUUGCCAUAACUGCAUCACAUGAGAUAGGACACCAGUGGUUUGGAAAUCUGGUUACUAUGAACUGGUGGAAUGAUCUGUGGCUUAAAGAAGGACUGGUAUCUUACUUUCAGUACCUGGGAGCUACUUUUAUUGAACCCAAGCUUUCACUGGAUCAAAUCCUUUAUGAUCGUGUUGUACAACCCACCUUAAAAGGGGACAGUGUAAUAGGAGUUCGAUCACUGUCAGCAAAUGAAGACAAGAUCAAAGGAUCAUUUUUCUUAACUACUCUAUUUGACUACAUCACGUAUGAUAAGGGGGCUUCCAUUACCUGGAUGCUUUCUAACUUUCUGACCGAGAAACUGUUUAUCAGAGCACUCAAUUCUUAUCUGAAAACAUUUUCUUAUUCAAAUGCUAACCAAGAUGAUCUGUGGACCCACAUACAAAUGGUUGUAGAUGCACAGGAUGAAGUUCAGUUGCCAGCAUCUGUAAAAAAAAUAAUGGAUUCCUGGACAUGCCAAAAUGGGUUUCCUGUUUUAACAUUAAAUCUAUCCACUGGCACAAUCAGUCAGGAACAAUUUCUUAAUAAAAAGAAUGAAAACAGUACUAAUUCUUACAAUAACACUUGGAUUGUUCCUAUUUCUUGGAUGAGAAAUGGAUCACCACAACCCUUACUGUGGCUUGAUAACAGCAGCAAAGUGUUUCCCGAAAUGCAAGUAUCGGAAUCAGAACAUGACUGGAUCCUGCUAAAUGUAAAUGUAUCUGGAUACUAUAGAGUUAAUUAUGAUCAAUUAAACUUAAAAAGAUUGGCACACUUGCUUGAAAAUGAUCCAAAGGCUAUUCCCGCUGUUAGCAGGCUCCAGCUGAUAAAUGAUGUUUUUGCUUUGAGAGAGUUUGGAUAUAUUCAGAUAGAAUCAGCACUUGAAUUAACAAAGUAUCUUGCCAAAGAAGAUGAAAUUGCUAUAUGGAAUGUGGUAUUAUUAAAUCUAGUACCAGAGAAUUCGGAGAGUACUCUGAAAAACUAUGAAGUUUAUCCACUUUUAAAGAAAUACCUUUUAAAGAGAAUGUUGCCUAUAUACCAUUAUUACACAAGUUUAAUUCGUCAAAAUAAUGAUGCUUUGGAAGAUGACUAUUUUGCUCAACUGUAUUUGGAAAAACUAUUUGCAACAGCAUGUUGGCUGGGGCUCCAAGACUGUUUGGAUCUGUCAUCUGAACUGUUUGCGAAGUGGAUGGACAGCCCUGAGUACAAUAUUCCCUCUUUAAUCAGAAGAACAGUCUGUUGCUAUGGUGUUGCAAUGGGAAGUGAUAAAGAAUGGAAUUUUGCAUGGGAAAUGUAUAACCAAACCAACUCUACAGAGGAAGAGAAAGACAUCCUGCUGUCUGCCUUGAGCUGUGCCAGAGAGUCAUGGUUACUUUACAGAUACUUGCAAUAUGGACUCAGUGAUACAUUAUUUUCUUCCAAUUGUAUUUCAAACAUUAUCUUACAUGUGGCGGCUAAGGAUAUUGGGCAGCGUAUAGCCUGGGAAUUUGUUACAGAGAAUUGGGCGCUUCUCAGUGAAAGGUGUGGGAAGGAAUUAUUGUAUUCUGUCUUAAAAGUAAUGGGAAGAUUUGUCAAUACAGAUAUACAGAUCCGAGAGUUGCAAGUUUUUUAUAAUACAACAUUGGAAGAGGAUGACGGGGUGACUACCACUCUACUACUGGAGUUUGCAAAAUUUGAAAAUGUAGAAAGGAGAGAACUUUUAACUGAAAUUGCUGAUUGGUUACAGAAAAACGUAGAUGAUUGA